ACUGUGCGAGUCGGGCCGAGCGCAGACGGAUCGCGGGGUGAGCCGUCGCUCGGCAUACGUCGAACUAGGUGCCCCGCGUUGGGGCGUCUCCUGCCAUCGAGCAUCGGUGUCGUGCAGUCGAUCGGGGGACGACCACCGCCUUCUUCGAAGUCACUGUUAGUUCCAGAUCGUAUCGGACUGGAUUGGAACGGAACGGUCCCGCCUGUUCACCCGUUAAUUCCCCAUCGGUGUGUCAGCGCAGACACGGCGACGACGAUGAGACUACGACGAUGGUACUCGUGGUAGCGCGGCCACAGUGCGUCGUGGCCAGUGCGGGCGUCGGCAUCGUCGUCGGUUGUGCACGCGAUCGGACGAACAAGGAGAUGGUGUCCCCGGAUCGUUCGGAGGAAAGUGACUUGGUUGCUAACGCUACUACUGUCAGUGCCGCGUCCGCGUACAACGUCCUCGACGUCGUCGUAGCCGCUGCCAUCGCCACCGCCGCCGCCACCACCAGCGUUGUCCUCGCCACCGCCACCGCUGCCGUUACUAUCGCUGCCGUCGUUACCGCUACCGCCACCGUCAACGCUGCCGUAUCCACCAUCGCCAGUCUCGCCACUGCCAAUACCGUCGUUUUCGACGCCACGAGCACGAUUGCUCUUGCUGCCAACCAGGCUUCCAGCGCGACUCUUCAGACGGUCUAACCACCCCCAUAUCCCAAAUGGUUCACUUAGUGUAUACCGCCGUCUUAUAGUGAGUCGAAAACAAUUCACGAUCAGAGGAAGGACGUGGCUCUUCGGUACUCGCGAUACGUCAGUGAUCGUAUCGCGGUGGAAAUCCCACUGAUUCCUACGUUUACGUCCGUAUCGUUCGCGUUUUACCUCUUCUACCUUUCUUUGAUCACGUGGUCGAGACGUUAAUCGACCUGUUAGAGAAACGGCGAUUGUCUCUGCCAAAUUGCAGGAAUCCCGAGUGGCGAGUGGUCUCGCGACUCGAAAUCGAGACACGAGAAACGUCGUGGCGUGAUAAUAUCAUCGUCGAGCACGAUGGCUUGCGAAUUGUCUAAGUAUUCCUCGGAUAUGCAGCAUCGGGUGGUCUUUAGUCAACACAGCCGAGGAAGACGUUGAAGGGGAGGAUGAUGUCGAUGUUGUAUAAAUUCUUCUCUCUGUGUCUGUGUCCUGGCGUGUAGCUCAAACGAUGGCCGAUUCACGCGGCUUCAAGCCAAUAAACCAGUUGUGGCAGAGCGCGGCAGUGUCGACGGACCCGGAUUCGGAGUGCCUCUACGAAGAAAUCUCGGGCCUUUCGGGGUCCCAGGAUACGGAACCAGGGCCGGCUGGUGCCGCCGUCGGGGAGGAGGAGGAGGAGGAGGGGGAAGAGGAGGAGGAGGAAGAGGAGGAAAGAGGGAGGCUCGAUUUUGGUGCACAGGUCGGCGGUAGCAGCUGGUGGAGGCAAAGCAAAGGAAGCGAAAGAAUCGCCGCCAGCAGCAACGCCGGCACGGCCGGACGUAAAAGUAGCAAAAGUGUUGGAACUAGCGCGAGAUCGCGCAGCAGAUCGGCCGAUCGGCCAUCGAGCGGACGUCAGGACAUCAUCAGGGUGGAGGAGAAGCAGUAUGCCUCACGAAGAAGUUACGUGGAGCCCGGUACAGGCGCCGUACUGCCGCCUCCUGUUACCGGUCUCAAGCUGACCAGGGGGCGUCCGACCAGCACCGUCGCCCGAUAUUUGCACUCGGCCUCCACCAACACCGGUCACUAUCACCAUCAUCAUCACGGGUCGCACGGACAGUAUCCACCGGGCAAUAUCGGUAGGCCGACGACUAGGCGACAUCAACAUCAUCACUCAAGUCGCGGCACGUUCAGUAAUGAGACGCAGGAAGAGGUACAGGAGGACGAUGAAGCCACUCUACGGGAGUUGCUUGUAAGUCUGCAGAAACAGGUCAGCGUUAUGAGUAUGAACUUGAGUGCCAAGCUGGACGAGCUGCAGCGGGGUGACCGCCAGCUGGAGACCACCGUCGCCCUCUGCGAGAUCCGCACGCAGCUGCAGGAACUCACCAAGAGCGUAGAGUCUUGCCAGAGCGAGGUCAGCGAGGUCAAACGGGACAUGGUCGCGAUCAAGCACGAACUAGAUACGGUACAGCAGGUGAAAGAAGAAAUAGAGGAAUUACGAGAAUACGUGGAUCGACUAGAAGAACAUUCUCAUCGACGGAAACUUAGGCUUUUGGAGCAGGGGCUAACACUUUUCCUGUCGUAUGCAAUACUGGCAGCAGUUUUAGGAAUGUUGCAGUUUGGAUACAACACUGGAGUUAUUAAUGCGCCGGAAGUGAAUAUUGAAAAUUUUAUGAAAGACGUGUACAAGGAUAGGUAUGGGGAGGAUAUUUCAGACGAUUCCGUGAAGAAAUUAUAUUCCGUGGCCGUAAGCAUAUUUGCGAUUGGUGGUAUGCUAGGUGGUUUUAGCGGAGGGAUAAUUGCCAACAGAUUUGGCAGAAAGGGGGGCUUACUGCUAAACAACGUGCUGGGCAUCGUGGGGGCGUGCCUGAUGGGUUGUACAAAGAUUGCUCACUCGUACGAAAUGUUAUUCUUUGGACGGUUCAUCAUCGGUGUCAAUUGUGGCUUAAACACCUCGCUGGUUCCCAUGUACAUAUCGGAGAUAGCACCACUGAACCUGAGAGGCGGCCUAGGCACGGUGAACCAGCUCGCUGUUACGGUGGGCCUCCUGGUCUCCCAGGUGCUGGGCAUCGAGCAAAUCCUUGGAACAAACGAGGGUUGGCCUGUUCUCUUAGGACUAGCUAUCUGCCCUGCCAUUCUACAGUUAUUGCUGCUUCCAGUUUGUCCCGAAUCUCCAAGAUAUUUGCUCAUUACCAAACAGUGGGAGGAAGAAGCCCGUAAAGCUUUGAGAAGGUUGAGAGCCAGUAACCAAGUAGAAGAGGAUAUCGAAGAAAUGAGAGCCGAAGAACGAGCUCAGCAAGCCGAGUCUAGAAUAUCGAUGACAGAGCUCAUAUGUAGCCCGACUUUGAGAGCGCCUCUCGUUAUUGGUGUGGUCAUGCAACUUUCCCAACAGCUUUCAGGCAUUAACGCUGUGUUUUACUAUUCGACAAAUUUGUUCACUAGUUCUGGUUUGACAGAGGAGAGUGCCAAGUUUGCAACCAUUGGCAUAGGUGCCAUUAUGGUUCUAAUGACGUUAGGAUCCAUCCCGCUUAUGGAUAGGACAGGAAGGCGUACACUGCACUUAUACGGUCUUGGUGGCAUGUUUAUCUUUUCAAUAUUCAUCACAAUUUCUUUUCUCAUAAAGGAGUUUUUCGGUUAUGUGCAGGAAAUGAUUGACUGGAUGUCUUAUCUGUCGGUCGUGUCGACGCUCAGUUUCGUGGUAUUCUUUGCUGUUGGGCCUGGCUCCAUCCCGUGGAUGAUCACAGCUGAACUAUUCUCGCAAGGUCCUAGACCUGCGGCCAUGUCUAUCGCGGUUCUUGUCAAUUGGAUGGCUAAUUUUUUGGUUGGCAUCGGUUUUCCAAGUAUGAAGACUAGCCUUGAAAACUACACGUUCCUACCAUUCAGUGCAUUCCUAGCCAUCUUCUGGAUCUUCACAUACAAGAAGGUACCUGAGACCAAGAAUAAAACGUUCGAAGAAAUUCUAGCUUUAUUCAGGCAUGGUAACGACAGGAGCAGCUUGCGGGACAGCAGACUUUAUGGGAGCAUGCUAAACUGUGUGAAUGCAUUAGAGGGACACAUACCGCCAGCAGAGAGUGCAGCCCUGAUGGUGGCCGAGGAGAAGCCACAUCCUGAUUCAUUUGUGUUUGCAGCUGGAUCAGAGCGAUCUUCCGGCGCACCCGCUCAACCGGAGAGACCACCGCCCCCGCUUCCCCCGCCACGCUUUCCGAACAGCGGUGUCUGACAAUGGGAAACAGCUCCUCUUAAUAUUGGUAAUCUAGUGAUCAUGAACGCGUCAAUCCCACUGCCGCUACUGCUCACCACCAACAGUCUCACAUUGGAGAAUCAACUAUACGAAAUCAUCACGGAGAGGAGCAAGGCCUGCGCGGCUUUCUUGCGGAACAGUUUACGUCGAGCAGUGAACGCGACCACUAUCAGUUGGAGUGUCGCGGAGAAUUUCGAGAGUAACGUAUCGUGCAAUCAUGCCUGAUUCGAUGGACGAAGAGGUUGAAAAUGUGGAUCACCUGUUGAUUGUAUUCGAAUAUCGAAUAAAAUGAAGUCGAUCGCAAACGUUUAAGCGAGGAGCUCAAACGACCGAUUUAGUUCGGUCUCGAGUAUGCUCGCACGUGAGGUAACCUCUAAGAAUGAAUAUAUCUAGAUACAAGAUCGAAACGUUUUUGGUUUCGCGGAAUUUGCCAAUUGCAAUUUACCGAACAGGAUAGAACAAUAGUAAGUGCAAAUAGGUGGUUGAGACAUCGAAAAGACUCGACGAUGAUUUGGGGAUUUUUCGAUACGAUUUUGGUAGGCGAAUCAACCGCAGCGUUCGAUAUGAGACGUAACAAUCUUUCCCACGUGAAACGUAGGGAAAAAUUAGAUAAAGGACGAGGUAAUGAAAAUCCUCGAAAAAGAACCUAACAAAAUGUUGCGAAAGUGAUUGUGCCUAGACAUACGUUUGAAAGAUAGAAAAUGAAAAGAAAAGAAAAUAGAAAACGCGUAAGUUGGAUCGUGAUCACUAAAAAGUAUUUGAACUUCGUGCGACAUCGAAGAAUAUAGAACAUAUAAUUGCUAGAUGCGACGAAUCGUUUAACGAAACCCCAGAGAAAAAGAAGGUGUAUAUCUAUAUAUAUACUUCACUUUUAUAUCGUUAAUUUCAUAGGUUUUAUUGGAAUUAUAUGUCAUUUUGUAUCACUGUCGUCUUUGCACUGUAAUAUGGUUAUGUGUUACGUGUUUGUUGAUAAAUUAAAUUCGAUAAAUUUUACGGCUGAAGUUAGGAACAAAUUUCGGAUCUGGAAUCGACCAAAUUAUUAUUCAGUCAGCAUUAAACCAAAACACGGACUCUGUCUAUCACUUUAACAGUCGCAGUGUUUAAAGACGUUAACUAAGAUAACGUUGUAUGUCGUUAUACGGUGCCUCAUAAAAACAACAUUUAUAAAUCGAUCAAUCAUUUUAUCUUAUAAAAGUACGAGGAUAUAGUGGUACAAACGAACGGGUGUUGGUUAUUGCGAUAGUAAGUUUUGAAUUAUGCGCAUGCGCAGUUUUAUUUCGAUAGUCAGUUGUUUUAAAACUAGACAGAUAACACCGACACAAACCUUUUUACGAGUUAAGAUUAGUAUUAAUAUGAAGCAAAAAAUGAAUUACGAAUUAAGCUUUGAUUAACAAAUGUCAAAUCAUUAUGGAAUGUCAAACCCUUUCGUUUGGACUAGAAAAUAUUCUAUAAAACGUACAUUUAGAGGCAUGCCUUUUCUUACUACCUUUUGUCGUUAAUAUUUUACACCAAAAUGCACUUCAUUUGAUGUCAUGCAAAUUCUUUGGGAAAAACUUCCCCUAUAUGUAUAUAGAUGUAUAUACUGUAUACUUCUAUGGUACUUACCAUGUCGUUGCAUAAGAAGAUGUAUGAUAAUCCUAUACUAUCCGAUAUAGUAUAUUUAAUUCCCUAUUCAAAAUAGCGUUACACGAAAAUUAAUUACAUCGUUCGAGCGAUAUAUCUAUUCGAUGCCGAUACACACAAACGUUUCAACCGAUCGCUUUAAUCGAACUGAGAUGAACAUUGACCGGAUGCACUGUAUACUGUUUCAAGCGCCAUCUUUUUGUUGAAGAACAAACAACACUUAAAAUUUCAUUCACUCAAAGAUUAUAUUGAACAUUAGAUAUAUCUUAUACAAUAACAUAAAAUGAUAUGAUUUUUACAGAGAAAUUAAAGCAUUAUUUUAAACUGUUACAGCUUUUUAUUUAUUUUCAUGAUUAUACGUAACAUCGAUUGGAAAGUGUAAACAGAUCGGAUUACUUUCAGUUCUUACACACAAAUUAGGUUCAGAGAUAGAGUAAUAAGCACCAAAGAAUACACUGACACCAUCGGUAAAUUCUCUUUCGCGCUAGCUUAUAAAUAAAUUAAACAAUCUCUCAAAUCGGUUUGCUAUUUAAAUAUCGCGUUAUAAUCGCGAUACAGUACCUAGAAUAGAAUGAAAAAUGAAUAAAUAAAUAAAUAACAUCGUGUGCAGUAAAUCGUAUGCUAUAAUUUAAUGAAAAAAAAAACAAAAUAAAGUGAAAAAUUUUAAUUAUAAGCUGUCCAAAUCAUACAGAAUCAGUGAGAAAGGCAAUAAAGCUAUUGAACUGAAAAUAUGCUAAAGUAGAUUUCCUUGCAUUAGAGUAUUAUCAGAAUUCCAUUAUUGAUUAUGGAUACUUAGGCUAGAGAUAUACAAACAUAUAUACAUAGCUACUAGUUUAUAGUAGCACAUUGUAACGGGCUAAUGAUAACGAUCGCAAACUUCGUUAAUAUCAUACAUGUAUGUUGAACAAAAAUGAACUAUACGUUUCCCACUCGUGUUAUGGAUGUACGAUAAUCGUGGACCGAGUGCUGGUAGCAUAUCCAUUUUUUAAAAUCAUUACAAGCUUAAAGACGAUAAUUAUACAUAACUGUAGUUGCAAUUACUUCAACUCAAACUAACUAUGCAUCUGAACGAUGAGAUCGAUGAGUCGAAUUCAGAAAAAACUCUGUAUUGUGUUAGAAAAAUUAUUUUAAGACAAACAAAGGAUUUACUUUUCGUGUCUUAAAAUUUGUUAAACUAUAUGUAAAUUAGUAAGAGAAAUUAUCCGAGAUUAUUAGAUGUGGAUUAACUACGUUUAUAAAAUUUUUAUCUCUCAUGAUUCUUUUUGUUAUCCUGUUGAGAAAAGGCAUGCUGUGAUAUAUAUUCAUUGAACAUUUCGAAGCAAACACAAAAUUAUCUACAUCUAAAAAGAAACAAAGAUAAUCUAUGAACGAUUUUUCUACUUUCGCCACAAUGAAAAUUAUAAUUAAUGUCAUUAGAUAAAUAUAACGAUGAGAUGCAGUUAUGCCAUAUAUAUACAUAUGAAUUUUGCAAAACACGAGACAUUUCUCUUGUUUUCAAAGGUCUAAAGUCUAAAGUAAUUUGUAGGUGUUCAAAGUGCUUUCAAAAAAAGAACAAAAAAAUACACUUCCUCGUAUCAGAAAAUUAAUUUCACUAUAAUUCAUCCACACGUAACGAUAUAAUAAAUAAAUGGUUUCUAAAACUGUAAUAUUAUGAAUAUGCAUAUAAAUAUAUAUAUAUAUACAUAUAUAUAUACAUAUAUAUGUACGGCAACCUUUAUGCGAGGACCUAUCCGUACUCGACAUGACUUUGAUAACAAAAUCAGUUAUGAUUGCAUAUAUAGUUUUGAGUCAAUGAUAUGAUACUAAAUUCACCGAGUAUUGCAACGUUUAUAGAGCCUUAAAGAAAGAUAAAAAAAAUUGGAACAGUCCAACAAAGUGAUCAGAAUAACGAUUUGUAAAAUAAGUUCACUGCCACUUUAACGACUUGUGCUCCACGGAGAGCGCCAAUAUUCCAAAUGUGAAUGUGUACAGUUAUGUGAAAAGUACUUAUAACUUAAUUAUAUUUACAUAAUAUUAAUUAGAGUUAUGUAAAACUAAAUAGCAUGUAAUAAUAUUAAGAACGAUAUACAUAUGUAGGGUACAGAUAAAAGAAAAAACCAUCGAUUGCAAAACUAUUAUAUUCCAGACAAGAAAAAGAUUAUGCCUGCUCAUUUGUAUAUUAUACGUAAAUCUUAACACAGAAAAGUUUCUCUGGUAGAAAUUCUACUUAUUGACGUGAUUCUUCUUUCUAAAUAUUUAUUUCAUAAAAAAGGUUAUAUCUUUUUAGUUUAUUUCAUUUUAAUUAAAAUAUAUAUUCGGUCAUAGAUAUUUGGAAAAAAAGUUAAUAUUUCGUUUAAAAAAGAUAAAUUUCUCUUCAAUGGCCUGCAAAUAACUUCUUAUCUUCAAAUUUGUUAAAAUACUACAUGUUAAUUUUAUAUUUAUGAAGCAUUAUAUAGAUAUCUCUUUUUUGAGGAGAAACCAUUUCAUAUUUUCUGGAAAGACAUUUUAAUUAUUUUCAAUUCAUGCAAUGUUGCUUUGAGUUUGUAUUACUAAAAAAGAUACAAACAUAUAAUAUUGCAAACAUGGUUUUAUUUGCAAUUGUAUAUAUGCGUAGCAAUUGUCUAUAAUAUUUUAAUUACAUACUUAUGAUUAAUGUAUUUAAGCUGAACAGAUAAAUUUAAGUGGGAAGAUCAUAUACAACAUCUUUUAAAAUCUACAAAUAAAAAUAUUUACUAAGUAA